AUGAAUCCAGAUGACAUUCUGAGUGGGGACGAGGAAGAAUAUGAUGAUCUUGAUGAUUUGUUGGACGAGGAUCCCUCCAAGUUACUCGAUUCUGCACUCGAAACGCAAGACCAUAAUGAGCCACGACAAAGAUCCACAGUGCUCGAAAACGAGGAUCCUGAGGUACAAGAGAUGAUUGAUGAUUUACAGCGGGAGUUCAGUAACAUGAUUACAGAUGAAGGAGUGGACGAAAAAGUGAAGGAGGAACAAAGCAAGAACUUCCAGCAAAUCCUUGAGACACUCAGCAAAACCAGUCAAUCAACAACCAGUGGAACAGAUGUCAGCGGAGAGCCGCAUGGAUUCAAGAACGUCGUGUCGAAAACUCUAAACCGCCUGAAAGAGAAUGGCAGCAAAGUGGAUACAAAUCUGGCGCAAGAGGAAAAGCAGCGCAACACUGACGAUAUACUUUCGCAGCUACUUUCGCAGCUGAGCGGCGUCCCAGAUGGCCAAACUGGAGCAGAUGGCAAUGGAGAGAACAUGGACCACGCCAUACUGGACAUUUUGAACAAGAUGUCGUCGAAAGAGGUUCUUUACCAGCCGAUGAAGGAGAUGCACGUAGAACUGGGCAAGUGGCUGGACAUUCACGCACAAGAUGAAGAGCACUUGGACAGAAUGGAAACGUACCGAAAACAGCACACUGUCGUCGCAAACAUUGUAAGCAUUUACGAGCGCGAUCUCUACACAAACGAAGCGUACCGCGAGGAGAUAACGGCAUUGCUGGACGAGCUAGAACAGCUGGGCGACUCUCCUAUCAACAAGGGGUUCGCCAAUCCGGGCCAAGCCGACGCUGAUGCGCCUGGCAACGACGAUAUCGAGAAUUUUACCAAACUGCUAGAGAUAUCUGGCGACGACGAGAACCUGGGGAACUUGGAUAAAGAGCUACAGGACACUUGCAAGCAGCAAUAG